AUGGCUACUGGACGGGAUACUAUGGGGCAUUCAGCCCUCACCGCGGCUGCAGGCGCGGUUUGGGACCAUCAUCGUCGUUGCUGGGCUUUAGAGGCGGCAGUUGAUACAGCCAAGGCACUGUUCAAGUUUAAGGUGGAUUCACCCAACCAUUGCAGGACGCACUGUAUCGCCUGCCAACGGAAGAUAUUGGAGAACGACUUGAGGAUAGGGUACCCGGCAGAGGACAGGUUCAGCGCGGACGGAGUGCGCUCCUUAUUUCUACACGUACACUGUCUACCGGAAGAGCUCGUCUCGAAUGAUGAGGGUCUUGCUAAGCUCUGCCGUGAUCGAAAUUCCGCCGGAAUCCAAGCAUGGCUAGCUGGUCACGUUGUCGGCUUCGAAGCCUUGACUAAGAAGAAGAAGGCUAUGCUGGUUCAAGGCUUUUGUGAGACGCAGCCUCCGGCUGCUCCUGCCGCUCCUAUGAGGUCUUUGAGUCCGUCGGAGAGUGAGGAGCCCCUAACGAAAGGUCAGUGUGGUAGUUCUGUCAAGAGUACAGAGAGGCAAGUUAAUCCGUCGUAUGCUGAUGUUUGUGAGUCUACUCCUGCACUCAAGUCCAUCGACAAAGUUGCAAGGGAGCUGUUGCCGGAAUCACCGAUAGAAACACCCGGUCUGGCCGACUGUGUUACUCCUGUGGCCCCAACGAAUGACAAAUGCUCCAAGUAUCUCGGGGCUUGGAGAUUGACCUCUGGAGGAUGCACUUCGGGGGAUUCUGCAUCUGCUGAUCACAAAGACCAUUACAGUACAGCUACAGGCGAGCAGCAUAAACCGGAAUAUCUCGGUUCUUGGCGUACUGAGGCGGCGAAUUAUCCUGGCAGUAACUAUUACUCUGUUGGAGCACCUGUUCGCCUCGUCCCCAGCUACAGAUCUGGACGGAAAGGACACCACAGCGAGCCUUACUGGAGUUAUGGCAAAUCAUACG